AGUGAACGUUUGAGACAGAAUUCCCGCGAAAGUAUACAUCGCGGAUACGUUUGAGCGCCUUGUCGCGAAAAUCUCGUUCGCGGAUGGGAGUUGCUGCUUCAAAGCUGCGUGCACAUGCUCGACGCUGAAGCAAAUUCAAGAGAACGUGUAAUGGAUGUCGUGGCUGAUCAAUGUGAGACGGAGGAGUCAGACUGGGAGAUUUUUCCGUUGGAAAUCGUUGAGGAAAUUCUGCGACGUUCGUCUGUGAAAGCUUUGCUGAAUGCUAGGUUGGUUUGUCGUGAAUGGUGCGGUUUAGCGACCGAAAUAUUGAAAAGCCUGAAGCGCUGUGAUUGGGACGCGAGAUGCAUUGGCGAAGUGCCUCGUGCUCAGCUUUACCAGUUGAUUAACGCACUAGGUCUUAGAAAGGCGGGUGACGAGAACGAUGACGGCGUGUUGGAAGUUGUGGACUGGCGCCUUCGUUUUCCCGUCCCUUACUUGAAAAUGGUACCCAUGUACGAAUCCAAAGACGUUCUGAUGCGUUUGCUGAAGCAUCCGACUAAAAUUUCGUUUGAUCGACGUGCUGCAUUCGAAGCAUGGUUGUCUCCUUGCAUAGUGACGUGGGAGGCCCCAUCUGUAACGCACUUCACCUUUCGAGAAUCGGCUACUUGUGCGAAGGUGUCAGGUGACGUACUUCUUGUUGGCGAUGCUCAUGGACGCUUUGCUGCUGUUGAUCUUGACACCGGUUUGGAAUAUGGUGAAACUAUACCAACGGACAACAGUUCCAUAAAAAUAAUUGAACCAGUCUUACUACCAGACGGUUUGAAAUUUGCUUUACCAGGAACUUCUGCGGUUCUUAGCCACAAUUCGGCCAUUUGUGUUCACCGAUCUGGACGAAUGUAUGUUGUGCAUCUUAACGCGCUUCGUGAAGCUGUUUUCAGUACUGACGGAAUAAUGCGUUCCACGUUUGAGUUUGUUGCUGUUCGCUCUCUGGGAAAGCGUACGGAACUUGGAUCUAUUGCACACGUUUUCUAUUUACCGGAACUGGGAGACAUUGUGAUCGUUGGACGGAAGGGGUUUUGUGUUUUACGACAGGAAUAUGACUACAGUCCUUCCUCAGAGCGAAAAGUGAUUUUCCCGCCUGAUUGUGAUACUUCAAAGGCAUCCCCAGCGAAUUGGAAAGUGUUUCGAGCGGACGCUAUGUCUGCGUUGAGAAUGCGUGAUAAUCUGAGAGGGCUGCAUUUGUCGGCUGAUGCGAAGAAAUUCGCUUUCUUUCCUUGUUUCGGCGAUGAUGUUUUGCAAGUUGACAUACUCGGAGAUUUGUUAGCGCUUGGUACAGAAACGGGUGUUGUGAUGGUAUUCUAUUUGAAAAAUUCUUCUGAGUCGUUUAUGAGUAUCGAUAAAUCCCAACCGCAAUUUAAGGCGUCGUUAAAAGACUACGUUGACCUGGAAAUUGGCGACGAAAUCCAUUCGGUCUGUUUGAGUCACGGAGCUGGCGGUUUUCCGUUUUUGGUAGUGGCAACCCAGCGAUUUUGUAUCAAAUUCCGUUGGGUCAUCAUACUCAUCAAACAGUCACAAAAACCACCGGACUGA